AGACUUUCCUGAGCCUGACUCCCAGUUCUGUCCCCAGCGCCCCGCGGCCCCUCGAGCCCCUUCAGUGACCAAGAUGCAGAAAUCAGGACGCCAUUGCACCGCCCCAGGUGCCCGCCCCUAGCCGGCUCUGCCUGGGCCCGAGGGAAGGUGAGGUCGGGGGCCGGGCCGGGGCGUGGCAGCGGGGGUGUGUGUCCGCCUGGCUUGGUGCCUCCGGUGGCCCGGCAGCACCGUUCCACCUCUGCCACCCUCCGAUGGGGCCGCUACCUGUGUGCCUGCCAGUCAUGCUUCUCCUGCUGCUGCUGUCGCUGCUGCUGCUGCUGCUUGGACCUGGCCCCGGGUCCGGUGAGGCCUCCAGGACAUUACAUGUGCACCGGCGUGGGAUCCUGGAACUGGCAGGAACUGUGGGUUGUGUUGGUCCCCGAACCCCCAUCGCCUAUAUGAAAUAUGGUUGCUUUUGUGGCUUGGGAGGCCAUGGCCAGCCCCGCGAUGCCAUUGACUGGUGCUGCCAUGGCCACGACUGUUGUUACACUCGAGCUGAGGAGGCCGGCUGCAGCCCCAAGACAGAGCGCUACUCCUGGCAGUGCGUCAAUCAGAGCGUCCUGUGCGAGGUGGGGUUUCACCAAGUUGGCCAGGCUGGUCUCAAACUCCCCACCUCAAGUGAUCUGCUCGCCUCGGCCUCCGAAAGUGCUGGGAUUACAGGCGUGAGGCAUGGUGUCCGGCCCUAAUGUGAGUGAUCUUUAACACUGAGCACUUGAAAAAGAAAACGUGAAUUCUUUGAUGUCUGGACGACAAGGAAGAAGAUAGAAAUGGCGUCAGAUAAUAAACAGUGUAAAUGUUUAUCAGAAAGGGGCUGGGGGUGGGGACUAGUAGGAGGAUUGCUUGAGGCCCGGAGGGCAUCUCUACAAAAAAGAUAAAGGAUUUUUUAACAUUGGCCAGGCGUGCUGGCACACAUCUGUGAUCCCAGCUACUUGGGAGGCUGAGGCAGGAGGAUCGCUUGAAGCCCAGGAGGUUGAGGAUGCAGUGAGCUGUGAUCGAACCACUGCACCUCCAGCUUGGGUGACAGCAAAACCCAGUCUCAACAUAAUAAUAAUAUUUCACAUAACCAACCACUUCUAAAGAUUAAAAAAAAAAACCCUGCAAUUAAAAACCUCAGGUCCCUCAGGCAAUCUUACCAGAUUUUGAAACAAUGCAAUAACGUAAGGACUGCAGUAUUUAUUUUAUUUUUAUAUUAUCUAUUGUUUGUUUGUUUUUGGAGUGUGUGUUUUGUUUUUUGAUUUUUUUGUUUGUUUUUUUUUGACACACAGUUUUACUCAUGUUGCCCUGGCUGGAGUGCAAUAGCAUGUCCUCAGCUUACUGAAACUCUGCUUCUUGGGUUCAAGUGAUUCUUCUGCCUCAACCUCCUGAGUAGCUGAGGGAGGUGUUUUGAGGCUCAGGGAAUCAUCAACUGGAGAAGGUGGAAGAGGUACGAAAAAAGAGUUGGGAGGUGUCUUGCAUCUCCUAAAAUCAUCAGCUCAAGGAAAUGAUACAGGUCCCCAGCGACGCUUGACGGGAGGUGUCUCUGGUGUCACAAAAUCAUCCACUGGAGAAGGUGCAAGAGGUACCAGAAGACAUUUGGGAGGUGUCUUGAGGCUCAGAGAAUCAUCAACUGGAGAUAGUGGAAGAGGUACGAAAAAGGAGACGUCUUGCUGGUGUGUAUAAAAUGAAAUAUACUGGUCAUCCUGGUUAUUCUACCUCAUGGUUCAAAGAGCCUGGAUUAAGACCCAUUUUACAGAUACAGAAACUGAGGCUCCAAGAGGUGAAGGGACAAAUGGUCAUCUGGGACUCAAAUCCAGGUCUGACACAGAUCUGGACAGAAUCUUCAAACCCCCCUACCGAGGUGGCGCCCAGGACAACUUAUCCGGUGUCUCCCUGUUCACCCCUGCCUACCUGAGGUUCUCCCCGCCUUCCGCACACUCGUGGUCCAGCUUGUCAGGCAGGGCUGACACGAAGUCCUUCAGGUGGGCCAGCUCCAGGGACAUCCAGACUUCUUCAUCCGAGUACUGGCUGAAUGGGUCCAGGUUCAUGCGGAGGGAACCGGAAAACAAAACAGGGUCCUGUUCAGAGAGAAGAGAGUGGACAGCAUGUGACGCCUAUGUCACGCUGACACGGAUGGAGACGAAGUGGGGCCUAAGGACUUCUGGCCAGGACUGUUGAAGGUGGGGUGUCAGAACUCCUUGGAAUCUCUGUUUCUGGAGAUGUUCAUAAUGGAGAAAAAGGCCAGGCAUGGUGGUUCACGCCUGUAAUCCCAGCACUUUGGCAGGCCGAGGCGAGCAGAUCACUUGAGGUCAGGAGUUCGAGACCAGCCUGGCCAACAUGGCGAAACCCUGUCUGUACAAAAAAUAUAAAAAUUAGCUGGGCAUGGUGGCACACACCUGUAGUCCCAGCUACUCAGGAGACUGAGACAGGAGAAUCACUUGAACCCGGGAGAUGGAAGUUACAGUGAGCCAAGAUCGUGCCACUGCAUUCCAGCCUGGGUGACAGAGCGAGACUCGGUCUCCAAAAAAAAAAAAAUAAAUUUCCUUAAUAAUGGAAAAAAAAAAGUCUGGAAAGUCUGAAUUUGUCAGAAUAAAACAGACUUCCUUUCCAUACAACUUCCUACAGCCUUCAAUAUCCAAGUGGGUUGAGAACCUCCAGAAAUGAGAUGCAGCACAGGUGAUUCCUAACAGUAAAGUCCUGUGGAUUCUCCCCUGUCAUCCAACUGCAAAAGAGACUCUUCUAAGACACUUUACGGAAGAUUACACUAAAAGGCAACAUAUUAAGGAAUCCACCUGCGGCUAUUGGUCUAGAAAAUCCUUAUUUCAGCCAAGCAUGUUGGCUCACCCCUGUAAUCCCAGCACUAUGGGAGUCCGAGGCAGGCAGAUCACUUGUGGUCAGGAGUUUGAGACAAGCCUGGGUAACAUGGUAAAAGCCCGUCUCUAUUAAAAAUACAAAAAGUAGCCAGGCAUGGUGGUGCGUGCCUGUAAUCCCAGCUACUUGGGAAGGUGAGGCAGGAGAAUCACUUGAACCCAGGAGGUGGAGGUUGCAGUAAGCUGAGAUCGUGCCACCGCACUGGGUGACAGAGUAAGACUCCAUCUCAAUAAAAACAAACAAACAAAAAAACAAAUCCUUAUUUCUUACCAAAUACGGCAUGUUUUCACUUAUAAGUGGGAGCUAAACUCUGGGUACUCAUGGAUGUAAAGAUGGAAACGACAGACACCGGAUCCUCCAAAAGUGGGGAGAGAUGGAGGAGGGUAAUGGUUGAGAAACUCUCUCGGGUACUUUGUUCAACAGUUGGGUGAUGAGAUCCAUAGAAGCCGAAGUGUCAGCAUCACACGAUAUACCCAUGUAACAACCCUGCAGGUGCACCCCAUGAAUCAAAAAUUAAAAAGUCUUAUUUCUUGUCUAGCUCUUGGAAGAGUUAGAGAUUCUCAGCCUGACUCUGGCAGCAGAGAGAGAGGACGGUGUCUUUCUGGAUUUUUCUAGAUGCUCCAAAACUACCCCUUGCGGGAACAAGAAGUAGGGAAUGACAGUCAGUUAAUUCCCACCUUGUUAAUCAUAUGCUAAGAGGAAAUUCAGGGAAGCAGCAGCAUAGCCUAACUUCUAUAAAAAUAAUGAAGGCCAGGUGCGGUGGCUCAUGCCCUUAAUCCCAGCACUUUCGGAGGCCAAGGUGGGUGGAUCAUUUGAGCCCAGGAGUUCAAGAGCAGCCUGGGCAACAUGGUGAAACCCCAUCUCCACAAAAAAUAGAAAAAUUUAGCUGGGUGUGGUGGCAUGGGCCUGUAGUCCCAGCUACUCAGGAGGCUGGGAUGGGAGAAUCGCUUGAGCCUGGGAGAUGGAAGUUGCAGUGAGCUGAGACUGCGCCAGUGCACUCUACUCUGGGCAACACAGCAAGACCCUGUUUCAGAAAAAACAAAAAAAAAGGACGAAGUCGGGCCAAAUGUAUGUUUGCCCCAAAAAUAUACAUACAUCACUGUCAGUGCAAUCACAAGGCUUGCCAGCUUGGGCUCACCUCCUGGGCCGCACCCAGACCCCACCUGGGGAAUGAUGGUGAUCUUGAAGCAGAGGUCAUGCAGGCCGAUCUUGGCGAUGUUGAUGCCAUUGAUGAUGAUCUCUCCUUCGGCAGACUCGUUGAUCUGAAAUAAGCCCAGGGUCAGGGAUGACUUCCCAGCUCCCGUCCGCCCCACGAUGCCGACCUGCAGGACAGAAGGGCCCAGGUGUGGUGGGAAUGCUGGCAUCUGGACUUGUCCCUGCCCCAAGUGCCCUCAUCUCGGCCCGACCUCAGGCAUCAGUCAUCUGGUCGACCCAACUCCACAGCCCUCUCCCUUGCACGCUGCCCACAGACACUCCUUUAAAGGUGUUUUGGCCGAAGGUCAAGAAGGACUCUUCCCUUUGCCAGGCUCCCGAAAGGAAUGACUCAGCUUUUUAUAAGUUACUAGAGACCUCAAAAGAGAUACAGAAGAGGCAGGAGGAAUUUCCAACAAAGCCCUAUUUGUUUAGACUCAAGUAACUAUUAAGUAAUAAUCAGGCAUUUCCUCAUUUCCCCACUCUGUUUUUCACACCUUUGAUGGUGAGAUUCCCAUCACGAGUUGUUGAAAUAUCUGAAAGAUUCAGGCAGAUCUUCCGGCCCUUUGCUAUGACCUGGUCUCCACGCAUCCUCUCUUGAAGGAACUAGGUUCUCUAGCUAAUGGCCAAUGGAUGACGUUCCUGAUCUCCAAUUCUCCCCUUCCUGCCUGGCUCUUGAGAGGUGGGCUUCCUCUUCCCUCCUACAGGGGUGUCACAGAGCAGCAUGCAUGCAAAAAUUCUCAUGAUAAGCCAUAAAGACUCAACAAGGGCUGGGGCGUGGUGGCUUAUGCCUGUAGUCCCAGCACUUUGGGAGGCCGAGGUGGGUGGAUCACAGAAGGUCAGGAGUUUGAGACCAGCUUGGCCAACAUGGUAAAACCCCAUCUCUACUAAAACUACAAAAAUUAGCUGGGCGUGGUGGCAUGCACCUGUAGUCCCAGAUACUUGGGAGACUGAGGCAGGAGAAUCACUUGAACCCGGGGGACAGAGGUUGCAGUAAGCUGAAACAGCACCACUGGACUCCAGCCUGGGUGACAGAGACCCUGUCUCAAAACAAAACAAAAGCAAAACCAAAACAGAUAGCAAGAACAUCACCCACUCUGCUCUUCUCUGUAACUCAGAGAGAAAUUAUCUGCUGGAAACAGAAUGUUCUGAGCUUUGUGAGAGGGACGUAGGAACAGUUCAAUAAGUCCGUAUGUUCAGAGGUGAAAGCAGCCUUGUCCCCCAGCAAAUAGCCAGGAAGACUCUCAGACUGAUUCCAGAGGACAGUCUAAGGGCAUCACUCAGGUCAAGGAACCUCUUCCCAAGAACAGCUCGGAACCAAGAAAAGAUUUCACAAUUCUGACAACUUCUCACUUCCCUUGAGCCAUCCCCUAGAAGGGAUGGUGACACCUUAUUCUAGAGAUCACAAAUUCUAAUGUCUUGGAGGGGCCAACUAGGCACUGAAUGGGACAGGGAGGGACUGGGGUAAACCAGGAGGCUCACAGGUUGACUAGAAAGAGCCAGGCGGGGGAGGAUUGACCUGAUGUUGCCAGAUGUUCUGAUCUUCCAAAAAAAGCAGAAAAUAAAUUUUUAUAUUAAGUCUUCCAGAUUUUUCAGUAUUUGCAACUUAUUCAAAUUUCUUCCAGGCCGGGUGCGGUGGCUCACACCUGUAAUCCCAGCACUUGGGGAAGCUGAGGCAGGUGGAUCAGUUGAGGUCAGGAGUUCACGACCAGCCUGGCCAACAUGGCAAAACCCCAUCUCUACUAAUAAUAUAAAAAUCAGCUAGGCGUGGUGGCGCAUGCCUGUAGUCCCAGCUACUCGGGAGGCUAAGGCAGGAGAAUCACUUGAACCCGGGAGGCAGAAGUUGUAGUGAGCUGAGAUUGGGCCCCUACACUCUGGCCUGGGCAACAGAGACUCCAUUUCAAAAAACAAAACAAAACAAAAAAACUUCUUCCAGGGGCCAGGAAUGGUGGCUGAUUCCUGUAAUCCCAGCACUUUGGGAAGCUGAGGCAGACAGAUCGGUUGAGCUCAAGAGUUCCAGGUCAGCCUGGGCAACAUAGUAGAACCCCUAUCUCUACAAAAAAUACAAAAAUUAGCCAGGUGCAGUGGCACAUACCUGUAGUCCCAACCAUGUGUAGUCACCCCACUUGGGAGGCUGCCCUUGCAGUAGGCUGAGAUCACACCACUGCACUCUAGCCUGGGUGACAGAGCAAGACCCUGUCUCAAAAAAAAAAAAAAAAAAAUCUUCCAAAACAUAUAUAUGGGGCUCAUUUGGUCUUCGGGCUGUCAGUUCACCUAAAAGCCUUCACUUCUGCAAGUUGGAUGUGCUCUGAACAGCUUUUACUGCCACAGUCCACUCCCAGCCCCCUGGAAAAGCCAUUCAAGCAGAGGGUGGAGCCGUGAGUGACUGGGGAGACACCACAGCUAGGUUCACCUGCCCGGUGGUACCCUGUGCCCAACUGAGAAUGGGUGGGGGAAUGGGGCGAUGUGUACCCACCUUUUCUCCCCCAUUGAUGGUGACAUUGAUGUGCCUGAGAACGAAGUCCAGGUCCUCUGGGUAGCGCAGGCAGUAGUUCCGGAAUUCCACUCGGCCCACCUGGGGCCAGCUGCUGGGUGGAGCUGUCUCCUGGAUUUGCCAGGGCGCCUUCCAUCGCAGCAAAGGGAGAGAGUAAGGAAUUCCCAGUCCAUCCGGUAAAGCUGUGACUCCCCCAACCUCCCCUCUCAGUCACUCUCCUGCCCAAGGUGGCCUCCCAGGCCUCAGCACUGGGGGGUUGCCCUUCCUGGAAAGCUCUUCCCCAAAUGACCCCCUCGCAUCCUGUGGAUCUCUGGUCGAUGCAGAGCGCCCUCCCAGCCCUGUGUCCCUCUGUCCCCUCCCGUGCUGCCUUCUUCAGGGCACUGCCUGUCCCCAGCCCUCUCGGGGCUCAUAUGCUUGAGUGUAUUCUGUCUCCCAUGCCCACUGCACCAUCCACUCAAUGAGGACAGGCUCUAAUUGUUCACUGCUGUAUCCCAGGGCUCAGAGCACAUAGCAGGUGUUCAAUACAUAUUUAUGAACAUGAACAAGAAGAGUGACACAGCUGCUGAUACAGAAAGUGAACCAGUGGUAGAAGGCACAGGAACUGAAGGGACAUAAUCAUCACUCAGUAGGUUAGAGAUACCUCCUGUAAAGCUGUCAUCUCGGUGUAAUAGAUAAUGGCUGACUGGACCACAGUUGUUCAUUUUUGUCUGCCAGAAUUAACGUGAUGUUCAUGUUCACCUUUCUUUUAAAAUAAUUGUACAACUGAUUUGUAUAGACAUUGUUCUUUUCUUUUUUUUUUUUUUGAGAUGGAGUCUCGCUCUGUCAUCCAGGCUGGAGUGCAAUGGCGUGAUCUCAGCUCACUGCAACCUCUGCCUCCCAGGCUCAAGCGAUUCUCCUGCCUCAGCCUCCUGGGUAGCUGGGAUUACAGACGCCCGCCACCACACCCAGCUAAUUUUUGUAUUGUUAGUAGAGAUGUGGUUUCACCAUGUUGGCCAGGCUGAUCCCUAACUCCUGACCUCAUGAUCCGCCCACCUCUACCUCCCAAAGUGCUGGGAUUACAGGCAUGAGCCACCAUGCCCGGCCACAGACAUUGUUCUUAAUAUGAACAUGAUAGGUAAACUUUUAAAAAAUUUUUCUGGUAAUAUAUAAAUGUUGCCCCCAGAUUCUUUUAACAUCAAGGAAAUGAAUAACAGCUUGUCAGAGACUUCCUAUGGAACAAAGAAUUUUUUAGGUAACUAUCAUUAGGCUGGAUAAGGUAAUAGAUAUAUUUCAAAAGAGCAAGUGGAGGUAUAUCUUAUCCGUAUCUUUAGGCUGAUGCAGAAUUUUAAGGUUUAGACAACAGUGUGACAUUUUAUGCACAGACUGGCUCUGGGUAUUUGAGAAGCACAAUACAGAGAGUUUAAAAAGUGAUUUUGUAAAAUCUACACUAUGGUCUCUGUUUCUCUAAAGUAAAUGUGAUUUGUUCCUCACACUGCAGUGAGUAGAAAAGAAACAAGAAAACAAUAUCAUAAAUACUGAAGUAUGUUUCAAUGUUGGGUGAGUUUUGUUUUUAGAUGCCAAUAAAACUUACUUUUUGAUAAAAAAAAAUUUUUUUAAAUAAAUAUUUAUAAAUGGAGUCAAUGAAA